GCGGUGGGACUAUGGUGCUCUGUCCAUUCUGCUGCGGCUGCCGCUGCUGUCGUUGUACGUCGUCGCUUAAUAUUUUUGUUAGUAAGCCAAAUAGUAAGCAGGCAUUCCCCUCUGCAAACAGUCACAUUCAAGAGCUCAAGCCAAAGAGUACUCGAGCGCGCACAGCUGCCGAAAAAGUAGAAACGGACAACCGAUAACCGAACUGCAUUGUGAAACGCUAGAGUCAAGUUGGAAGCGCUUGCUUUGGCUUUGCUAUUUUCUAUAACGAUUUUUGGAGUCUUUGUUUGCCAGAUGCAUUGUCUAACUGUAGUGUACGGCUAUCGCGGCUGACGGUACGACACGUUCAUCCGCACAAAUUGAAAUUAAUCCAAUCAAACCAACCGAUUGUCGAAGCGUCAUUUCUAGUGUCGUAAUAGCUUAAUAGCUUACAAUAUCGAAAUUCGAAAGAACUUUAUUUUACUUACGAACUGACACAACGCGAAUUCGCUGGAAAAAAUUACGUGCAUAACAAAUAAGUAUAUAUAAAAGAUAUAAUAAUAGAAGAUACGUAAGAAAAAUAUAAUAAAAAUAAAAGAAUAAAAGACGAAGAGGUGUUAAAAGGUGGCAAGGAAACGUUAGUGAACGCGCAUGAAGAGUGUAAAAUUCGAUUGAAGUGAAAAGCCGAAGAAGAAAAGUGUGUGUGAAAGCAAGUGGUAAUCGCAAUUGAUUUUCAAGUCUUGAAUUUAAGAAAAACUGACAAUAUUGCGAGCUGAUUUGUUUUAUCAAAGCCUGAACAGCAGCUACAGACCUGGUGCAUGCGCGCUGCCACGACUCACCUUCCAACGAGUGUGAAAUCCCACGUCGAAACGCGCUGACAAGUGAGCACGGAUGAAACAUGCGAUUGCAUCUCUAUACAUACAAAAACAAAAAUAAAAAUCUGAAAAAAUAAUAAAAAAUAAUUUCAACGGAAAACUGUGUCUUCAAAGAAACCCCACUUGGUAGCACACGCACAAUUAAAAAAAUAGCGAAAAGCGUAGCUCGUCAGUGACAAAGUGUGCGCGUCGUUUAUUUCCGUCGGAAAUUUGUUUUGAAUUGUAUUUUUUAUACGUGCGACCAGUGAACAGCCGCCAACAUAACGGCGCAACUAUUGAACAGUUUCCUGAAGGGAUCGCCCCACCAGACGACGAUCGACAUCAUGCAAAAGCUCUACUCGGAGGCGCCAAGCAACGGCCCUCCGGUGAGCAUGAGCAGCAGCGUCGGUGCUGGGAGCGGUGGUGGUUCCAGCAGUGCCGGUGCCGGCGCUAACGGUGGUGGCAGUGGAGGCGGCGGUGGUAAUCCUACAAAUCCGCAUCCGAAUCACCCGACCAGCAACGGUGGCACAAUGAGCCCGCUUGCACGUAGCGCAUACACCGCCAUGAAUUCGAUGGCCAUGCCCGUCGGUGGCAUGUCUUCAGUAUCGCCCCAGACUGCCGCCUUUGGUGCGCUAGAAUCCGCCGCAGCGGUGGCAAGCAUGAGCGGUAGCAUGGGUGCCGCAGCGGCUAUGAAUUCCAUGGCUGGUAAUUGCAUGACACCGAGUUCGAUGAGUUAUGCCUCGAUGGGUUCGCCGUUGGGUAAUAUGGGCAAUUGUAUGGGUGGUGGUAUGUCGACAAUGGCCGCUAUGGGUGGCUACUCGUCGAUGGCGGCAGCAGCUAGUGCACGUGAGUUGGAUACAGGUUCGCCGAACUCGCUUAAUCGCGCACGCAUAGAUAAGCCCACAACAUACCGUCGGAGUUACACACACGCCAAACCGCCAUACUCGUACAUCUCGCUAAUCACAAUGGCGAUACAGAAUAAUCCGACACGAAUGCUUACGCUAUCGGAAAUCUAUCAAUUCAUAAUGGAUUUGUUUCCAUUCUAUCGCCAGAACCAGCAGCGUUGGCAAAAUUCAAUACGUCAUUCGUUGUCCUUCAACGAUUGCUUCGUGAAGAUACCGCGCACACCGGACAAGCCAGGCAAAGGUUCCUUCUGGACAUUGCACCCCGAUUCGGGCAACAUGUUUGAGAAUGGUUGCUAUUUGCGACGCCAAAAACGUUUCAAGGACGAGAAGAAGGAGGCGCUACGCCAACUGCAUAAGAGCCCGUCACAUAGCAGCCUCGAAGCAACAAGUCCCGGCAAGAAGGAUCACGAAGAUUCGCAUCACUUACACCACCAUCACAGCCGAUUGGACAACCACCAGCAGCAUCAUCACAGUAAAGACGUGACAGGCGCCACAGUGGGUGGCGCAGGCAGUGUGCUCAGCAGCGCUGUCAGUCGUGAUCAACUGGCUAUGAUGCAAGCCAAUGCAGAGCUGUGUUUGGGGCAACAAGCGGCGCAACAUGCACCCAGCCAUCACCAUCAGCAACAUCACCAGCUGCAGCAUGAAGAGCUCUCCGCCAUGGUGAAUAGAUGCCAUCCAUCAUUGAUCAGCGAUUAUCACCCCUCCAUGCAUCAUCUGAAGCAGGAACCAUCUGGUUACACACCAUCCAGCCAUCCGUUCUCGAUCAAUCGACUAUUACCCGAGUCCAAGGCGGACAUCAAGAUGUACGAUAUGAGUCAGUAUCCCGGCUAUAAUGCGCUUAGCCCAUUGACGAAUACACAUGCGGCCUUAGGACAGGAUUCGUACUACCAGAGUCUCGGCUAUCAUGCGCCAGCCGGCACGACUAGCUUGUGACAUCACCAGUACCCAUUGGCUUAAGGGCGAGCUGACCAGAUGCUCGGCUGCUGGUCUCAAUACGCUGCACAAUCCGAAUAUUGGCGGCAAUAUUGGCAGCAGCAGCGGCGGCAGCGGCACCAGCAAUAGCAAUGGGAAUACACAUGAUAUACACCUGGAGCAACAUCAUCACCAUCAUCAUCAUGGCGCCACACACCAUCCGCAUCCGCAUCCGCAUGCGGCGCAUCAACUGAUGCAGCAACAACAACUAAGGCCUAUCUUAAGUCCAUGCAACAACACUACCAACAACAGCAACAAUACAGCGCCAGCAGUACUUCCAGUGCGCACAAACUCAGCGCGCACCAACAACAACUGCUGCAAAGUCAGCUGACGCCGCCAGAGCUGCAGGAUGACGCAUCGAAUAUCACAACCGAUCUGAACGAAGAACAACAGCUACAACUACAACAGGCGGCACAGCAACAGCACCAACAAUUGUACAACAAUUACCAACAGUACGCGGCGGCCGCCUCCUAUCGCAACUGGAACCACGGCUUGGCGCUAAAUGGCGCGGCAGCGUUGCAGAAUCUGCUGUAGUGUUGCCAACAUGCCAACACUGAACAUGCGUGCGCAGACAAAGCGCCGCUUUGUUGCCUGGCGCAUCGUCUACCCAACUGCCUUGCAAGCGGUUGCUCUUGCAAUUAGCGUACAGUUGGCGACAUGCGCGCGUACGCCAGUUAUUAGUGCGCGCGGUUAGCCGGCGCGGCUGCUUGUUGGCGCAUGGUUUUCCGCUAGCAGCGCGGUUGUGCUGUGGACGCCGUUGUUCUGUGCUAUUUUUGGCGCGCUUUCGUGCGCAUGCGGCGUGGGACCAGCGCGGCUGCGCGCGCGCGGUGAGAAUGUUGCUCGCAUAUAUGCACACAUUUAUGGUUCAAUGCACAUAACUCUUGAAAGUAAGAUGUUGUAAAUAUGUAUGUAGUCUAGGUAUACUCUUUAUUAUUUUUAACUUUUUCUAUGAUUUUGUUCCCACACAACUGUCCACUUACAGGCCUUAAUUAAACUACAGUAUCUCAUUUAGUUUUUCUUCUGGCUGUUAGUGCCAGUUUUGAGUUUGUAGAUAUGUACAUUUUGCUCAUGCUAACUUCUUUAUAAUUAACAUAUGCUGUACUUUCGUUUGUAUGUAUGUAAAAUGCAGCUGGAUUUCUUCGUUAUGUAAGCAGCAAUCAAAAGUGAUGUAGUUGUAAGCGAAAAUGUUUUCCAAUUUACGAAAUACAAAUUUUAAAUUAUGAUUGAUUCAUAAAAAGCCCCCCCUAAAACCGCCCAAUAUUUGAUAUAUUGCGCGUAGGAAAACAGCAACGUUUUUAAUUUCAAUUUAGGCGCCUUUGCAUUCAAGCUUUGUGUUGCUAUAUGUUCGUAGCUUUAUGUGCGCCUUUUGAGAAAGUUCACAGCAAAACCCUGGCAGGUUUUCCCUUUGACACAACUUCCGUGCCAUGUAUGUAAACACUCUUUUGUCUGUGUAUGUAUAGGUAAUUGAAGGAAUCUGCAGAGCAAGAAAAAAAUAUGAAAAGUAAUAAUUAUAGUAUAACAGUAAUAUUUUUUAUACAAAAUAUUAAUUUUUAAGUGCUGUAUAUUUAAUUAUGCAAAUAUAUUUUUUAGUUUUAUAAUCGCAAAUAUUAUUAUAUAUUACCAUUCCAAGGUUUUUAUUUUAUUCUGUAAGUUCACUGUCUCUUAUUAUUAUGUUUUUAGUGUAGCUAUGUUAUGCGCCAAACACUUUAAUAUGAACGCGAUAACACAAUGCAAGUGCAAUUGAUGUAAAUUUGAAGUAAAAAAAUACUUUUAUAUAUAAGUGGAAAAUUCACGUGAUCGCUAGUCGAUUAACGCUAACUAAAUUCGAAUUGAAAUGAUCAAAAACCAAAAAAAGAAUCUUCAGCAAAUUUAUAACAAAAAUUACGUUAACGGUUUAGUGUUUUUAAGUUUUUAGUAUGAUGCGCUUUCUAAUUUUACAGCAUAUUAAAUAAAAAAAAGAAUGUUUCCAAAAAAUGAGCAGUCAUAUACACUUAAAUUAGGGGUGUCAUUAAUUUUUUUUGUUUACGUUUUGUUUUUCUAAAUUUACAAAAUAAUAUCUUUGUUUUUGCAAAAAGUGAGCUGCCAUAUUCAUACAUUAGAGGUGUCCUUAAUAUAUUUUGGUUUUGCUUUUAUAAUUUGAAAAAAUAAUAUUUAUGUUUGUAAAAAAUUAGCAGGCAUAUACACACAUUAGGGGUGUACAUAAUUCACCUAACUUGUGUUUUGCUUUUCAAAUUUUGCAUAAUAAUGUUGUUUAACAUUUAUUUCGUUUUUGUUCUGAUUUUCUAAUUUUACUGUAUAAUCGUCAUACGUUAGGGGUGUCCUUAAUUCAAUGAAUUUUUGUUUCACUUUUUUAUUUUUAUAGAAUACAUUUCUUUAUUUUUUGCAAGAAGUAAGCAGUCAUAUACACACGUACAUUAGGGGUGUUCAUAAUUUACUGCAAUUUUAUUUAGCUUUUCUAAUUUACAGUGUAAUAUUAUUUUAUUUUUUACAAAAAGUGAGCAGUUAUGUAGUACGUACAUUAGGGGUGUCCAUAACAUAAUGUAUCUUUGUUUUGCUUACAUUAACUUACAAAUGUAAAAUAAAUAUGAUGAAAUGAACAAAAAUUGAUGAAAUAUGAACAAAAAUUUUAUGAAAAAUUCUAAAAAAUAAAAUAAAAUAAAAAUUUUGUGAAAUGCCGAAAAAUAAAAUUUCAAUCAACUCCAAACAACAGUUUCAGUCGAGUGUGUCUAUUUGCCACUGUGAUAUGCCCUGUAAUUUGGCUAACACAAUUCUGACAUAAAAAUAAAUUUCAACUACAACAAAAGUAUGAUAAAAGUGUAAUUUUUUUUUAGCCACUAUGCGAAUGUCCAUAUAUGUAGUUAAGUUCAGAUAAUUUUAAAAAAUAAAAUAAAUUUUUUUUAUAAUUUAAUAAAUAAUAAAAAAAAUUAAUAAAUUCACCAGAAUAAUUUUUUAAAAUGUAUUUACAUACAAAAUAAAUACUAACUUUUUUUGAAUACUGAAAUUUUUCCAUUAUAUUUUUUUUUUUGAAAAUUUCAACAAAAUAAAUUUUGUUAAAUACGCUAAAAAUAAUUACAAAUAUUCUGCUUACAUAUUUAAAAUGACAUUUUUUUUAAUUUCACCAGAAUUUUUUUUUUUAAUUUUUUUGAUAAUUUUGACAGAAUACAUUUUUGUAAAUAUGUAAAUAUAUAAAAAAUAAUUAAUUUUUUUUCACAUUAACACAUUAAAUAUGUAAAUAUUAAAAAAAAUAUUAUUUUUUUUUUCAAAAAUAAAAUAAAAGGACAUGCCUAAUGUGAAUACCUAUCAUUAUGUAAAUGUAUAUAAAAUAAAUCCACAAAUGCCUACAAUAAUUUAAAUUAGCACAAAAAUGCAAGGCCAAUGAAUUUCCAGCUGACUUCUUUUACCUUUUUAUAUAAAAACUUAAAAAUCCGAGCAAAGAAUUGGUAAAAAUACAAAAACUGUAUGUAAAAAGCAACAAAGUUGCAUAAACGCUAUCAAAAUAAAAUUAAAAACUGUAAAUUGCAGGCGCUCUCAGAAAAUACACACACACACUAAAUGCGAAUAAAAAACAAUAGCAAAAAUAAAAAAGCAACAAAAAACACAGAAAGUGCAUCAACUUAAUAAUAGCAUAUAUGUAUGUAUGUAAAAAAAAUUGCAAAUAAAUUAAACAUUUUUUCACGAAAGCUUAGCUAAAUGCAAUAAGAACUAUGAACGAAUGACGUCGGUUAAUCCGUUAGGUUACCUAAUUAAUUAUAUAUAGUAUACCAUUAAACAGUUAAUAUGUAAGGACAUGCAAAUGAAAAUACAUCUUAUGUAAGCAAAAAAACCAACAAAA